AUGUCAUUUCACCAACAGUUCUUUACCUUGAAUAAUGGAAAUAAAAUCCCCGCAAUCGCCAUCAUUGGGACAGGUACUAGAUGGUAUAAAAACGAAGAAACGGAUGCUACCUUUUCGAACAGUUUGGUCGAACAGAUUGUUUAUGCUCUGAAGUUACCUGGCAUUAUUCACAUUGAUGCUGCUGAGAUCUACAGAACAUAUCCAGAAGUUGGGAAGGCACUUAGCCUCACCGAAAAACCAAGAAAUGCAAUAUUCUUGACAGACAAGUACUCACCUCAAAUCAAGAUGUCAGAUUCCCCAGCGGAUGGACUAGAUUUAGCUUUGAAGAAGAUGGGCACUGACUAUGUCGAUCUAUACCUUUUGCAUAGCCCAUUUGUUUCCAAAGAGGUCAACGGGUUAAGUUUGGAGGAAGCCUGGAAGGACAUGGAGCAAUUGUACAAAUCAGGUAAAGCUAAAAAUAUCGGUGUUUCCAACUUUGCUGUGGAAGACUUGCAAAGAAUUCUGAAAGUUGCGGAAGUCAAGCCCCAAGUUAAUCAAAUUGAGUUCAGUCCCUUCUUGCAGAAUCAAACACCAGGGAUCUACAAAUUUUGCCAAGAACAUGAUAUAUUGGUAGAAGCAUACUCGCCACUAGGUCCCUUACAAAAGAAAACAGCACAAGAUGACUCUCAACCGUUUUUCGAAUACGUGAAAGAGUUAUCCGAGAAAUAUAUCAAAUCUGAAGCCCAAAUUAUCCUACGUUGGGUGACCAAACGUGGCGUGUUGCCUGUAACCACCUCUUCCAAACCUCAAAGAAUUUCUGACGCGCAAAAUUUAUUCUCUUUCGACUUGACGGCUGAGGAAGUCGAUAAGAUAACGGAGUUGGGCUUGGAACAUGAACCGCUAAGAUUGUAUUGGAAUAAAUUGUACGGUAAAUACAACUACGCUGCUCAAAAAGUAUAA